AUGAUCCCUCGAGUAAUUCCUCAAAAUCAUUCGUCAGAAAAACUUAUUAGAAAAGUUAUAGAAAGUUGUGUUCGGGUUAUACUGUUAAAUAAGGAGGAACCAAACGUCGGUAUUAUACACCAGAUCACGCAAGCGAUUCAUCCACUUUUAGAAAGUCGAGCUUGUCAUCAAGCAAUUCGUUUCGGAAGUAAACUUAACAAAAAGCAAAUGGAGAAACUUAUAGUUGAACUUUCAAGAUGUCGUAUACCUUUCCAAUGCGCACAUGGACGUCCAACGUGUACUUUAAUUAAAAUAAGUGAUAAAGAAUAUGAUUAAAUUCUAUACAUAAAAAUGUCCAUAAUACUAAGA